AUGGACACGGACACCCCGUGGGCACCCACGGAUGGAGAGGGACAUCCCGUGGGCACCCCCGGAUGGAGAUGGACACCCCGCGUGCACCCCCGGAUGGAGAGGGACACCCCGUGUGCACCCCCGGAUGGACACGGACACCCCGUGGGCACCCACGGAUGGAGAGGGACAUCCCGUGGGCACCCCCGGAUGGAGAUGGACACCCCGCGUGCACCCCCGGAUGGAGAGGGACACCCCGUGUGCACCCCCGGAUGGACACGGACACCCCGUGGGCACCCACGGAUGGAGAGGGACAUCCCGUGGGCACCCCCGGAUGGAGAUGGACACCCCGCGUGCACCCCCGGAUGGAGAGGGACACCCCGUGUGCACCCCCGGAUGGACACGGACACCCCGUGGGCACCCACGGAUGGAGAGGGACAUCCCGUGGGCACCCCCGGAUGGAGAUGGACACCCCGCGUGCACCCCCGGAUGGAGAGGGACACCCCGUGUGCACCCCCGGAUGGACACGGACACCCCGUGGGCACCCACGGAUGGACACGGACACCCCGCGUGCACCCACGGAUGGACACGGACACCGUGUGUGCACCCACGGAUGGAGAGGGACACCCCGUGUGCACCCACGGAUGGAGAUGGACAUCCCGUGUCCACUCCCGGCUGGACAUGCACAGCCCGUGUCCACCCCUGGUCGGAGAAAAAACUCCGCGUCCAGUUGUAGCUGGGGAAAACAUCCCGUGUCCACCCCCGGCUGGACAUGGACGUGUCGUGUCCACCCCCGAGCAGCCGCGGGGCCGCAGAACCCCCCGAAUUAUCCCCGCGCCCCCCACGGGGGGGCUUUGCGUCUGGGAUGCGGGGCAGGGCCCGCAGCCAGGGUGGGGUGCCGGGACCCCCCAUCUGUGCCGGGACAGAGGGGAGGGGGCUGUGCCCCACGCAGCACUCCCCCACCCGUGGCACCCCACUGUUGGCGCCGUCAGGCUGGGGGUGCAGCCACCCGCUGAGAUUUUGGGGAGCCUUUUGGGGCGGGGGGAGGGGGUCUCUUCUCUCUGGGACACCCCACACCUGCCCCCCUGUGCCCCCCAGGAUGGACUGACCCCAGGGCUGCCACUGACCCCUCCCUGUGUCCCCCCAGGACGCCCCCCCGGGAGCGAGGGACGGCGGGCUGGGGACACAUCCCGCAUCAGCCAGGACCUGGGGGGCGGCAGCCUGGCCAUCGACACCCUGCCGGCCAACGAGACCCGCAUUGUCGAGGACAAUCACAGCUACUACGUGUCGCGGGUCUACGGCCCCGGGGAGGCUCAGCUCCGGGGGCUCUGGGUGGAGCUGGCAGCGGCCAACAGGAGCCACGUGAGGAUCCACGGGAUCCUGUCCAACACGCACCGGCAGGCCUCGGGAGUGGGGAAGGUGCUGGGGUGGGGAGGGGGAGCUCCUGCUGCUUCAUGCUCUGCCUGCUCAGGUUUCAUCUUCGUGGGGGACGUCAUCCACCGCAUGCUCACGGCCACCCAGUACAUCGCCCCCCUGAUGGCCAACUUCAACCCCAGCUACUCCCACAACUCCACCGUGCAGUACCUGGACAAUGGGACGGUGUUUGUGGUGCAGUGGGACCAGGUUUAUCUGCAGGGCAGGGAGGACAUCGGCAGCUUCACCUUCCAGGCCGCCCUGCACAGCAGCGGGAGGAUCGUCUUCGGCUACAAGGAGUGGGAUCCCUCUUUGGGAUUCCUUUUUGGGAUGCCUCUUUGGGCUCCCCUUUUGGGAUGCCUCUCCCCCAGCCAAGGCCACCCCUGUGUUGCAGAGUCCCGGCGCAGGACGAUCUAUGAGUAUCACCGAGUGGAGCUGGACCCCAGCAGGAUCAGCAGCCACUCUGCAGUGGAGUUCACCCCGCUGCCCACCUGCCUGCAGCAGCAGAGCUGUGAACGCUGCCUGAGCUCAGAGCUGACCUUCAACUGCAGCUGGUGCCAAGUCCUGCAGAGGUGCUCCAGUGGCUUUGACAGGUACCGGGAGGAGUGGCUGAGCCAUGGCUGUGCACAGUCGGAUGAGAGGAGCUGCGCGGAUCUGGCGGAGGGCGGCGCCUCCUCCGCGCCCCCCGGCAGCGCCGGCUCCGCGCGGGACGGCCCCGGCCCCACGGGCUGGGCGCUCCCCGGCAGCCUGACCACCGAGGACGACACGAAGCUCAACCAGUUUGCAGGAGGAGAGGGCACGGGGAGCCCCCUCCCCUCGCGGGGCGCCCCGAUCCCCACGGGCACCGUGGUGGCCGUGGCCGUGGCCGUGCUGCUGCUGGCCGGGCUCAUCCUGGCCGGGAUCUACAUCAGCGGCCACCCCAGCUCCCCUGCGGCCCUCUUCUUCAUCGAGCGCCGGCCGCCCCGCUGGCCCGCCAUGAAAUUCCGCAGCCGCUCCGAGCGCGCCUCCUACGCCGAGGUGGAGGCGAACGGCCAGGAGAAGGAGGGGUUUGUGGAGGCUGAGCAGUGCUGAGAGCUCCUCCCGGGAACCCCGAGGAAUCCCAAGGAACCCCAAAGAUUCCUGGGGAAAUCCCGAGGAAAUCCAGAAGAAUCCCGAGGAAUCCCAAGAAACCCCAAAGAAUCCUGAGGAACUACCGAGGAAAUCCAGAAGAAUCCCAAGGAACCCCAAAGAAUCCUGAGGAAAUCCCGAGGAAAUCCAGAAGAAUCCCGAGGAAUCCCAAGAAACCCCAAAGAAUCCUGAGGAACU